UAUUAUUAUUUUUUUUCACUUUUACCUUAAUUUUUUUUUUUCCUAAAACUUUUUUUUUUUCUUGUAAUUUGGGGGACCAAGCCCACUCCCAGUCCCGUAGAUCCGUCACUAGUCUUGAGGGAAUUUUUUAUUUUUUAUUUUUUUGGUUCUAUAUAAGUUGAAGCGCGCAGAAAGCUGGUGAAGAGACGACGAACCUUUUCCCUUUGGAUCAAGUCGGACUGUUAAUAUAUAGUCUCAGAAUGAGCUGGUGGUGGGCUAGAGCUACUGCCGCUGCAAAGAAGAAAUAUGAAGAUGAAGAAGCACCACCUCGAAGCUACCAGAGCGUGGGCCUGGUGAUCGGCGUGACUGGCAUCGUCGGCAACAGCCUAGCCGAAAUCCUCCCACUCCCAGACACUCCAGGCGGCCCCUGGAAGGUUUAUGGUGUGGCUCGUCGCCCACGCCCCAAAUGGAACGCUAACCAUCCAGUUGAAUACAUCCAGUGCGACGUCUCUGAUUUCCAUGACACUCAAGGCAAGCUUUCCCAAUUAACCGAUGUCACCGACAUCUUUUACGUUACGUGGGCUAGCCGACCAACCGAGGCUGAGAAUUGCGAGGCCAACGGUACAAUGUUCCGCAACGUGCUUCGCGCUCUUAUUCCAAAUGCUCCGAAUCUCCGCCACAUCUGCCUCCAGACCGGCACCAAACACUACAUCGGACCAUUCGAGAAAAUCGGCAAGGUAAAAGCCCCCACCCCACCUUUUACGGAGGAUAUGCCACGUUUGGAUGUGUCGAAUUUCUAUUAUACGCAGGAAGAUAUUUUAUAUGAAGAAGUUAAAGAUAAGAAAGGUCUCACUUGGUCCGUCCACCGACCCAACACAAUAUUCGGAUUCUCCCCCUAUAGCUUGAUGAACAUAAUAGGCACGCUUUGCGUAUAUGCCGCUAUAUGCAAGCAUGAGGGGCUUCCAUUGAAAUUUCCUGGAAGCAAAGCGGCUUGGGAGUACUACUCAGUGGCUGCGGACGCCGAUCUUAUUGCAGAGCAACAAAUAUGGGCGGUGGUGGACCCUAAUGGUAAGAACCAAGCGUUCAAUUGCAACAAUGGGGACGUGUUCAAAUGGGAGCAUCUUUGGAAGGCGUUGGCGGAAAGAUUUGGGAUUGAGAAGUACGGAUUCGAGGAGGGUGAGAAAAUUAGUUUGGCCAAGAUGAUGAAUGACAAGGGUGAUGUAUGGGAAGAGAUAGUGAGGGAGAAUCAACUGCAACCCACAAAGUUAGAGGAUGUUGGGGUGUGGUGGUUUGCGGACUUGGUCCUGGUUGGGGGUGAUUUCUUGGACGGUAUGAAUAAGAGCAAGGAGCGUGGGUUCUUGGGGUUCAGAAACUCCGUGAAGUCGUUCGUUGCGUGGAUAGAUAAGGUGAAAGAUUACAAGAUUAAGAAAUAUAAAGACGAAGAAGCAUCACCUCGAAGCUACCAGAGCGUGGCCUUGGUGGUCGGCGUGACUGGCAUCGUCGGCAACAGCCUAGCCGAAAUCCUCCCACUCCCAGACACCCCCGGCGGCCCUUGGAAGGUUUAUGGUGUGGCUCGUCGCCCACGCCCCAAAUGGAACGCUAACCAUCCAGUCGAAUACAUCCAGUGCGACGUUUCUGAUUCCAAUGACGCCCAACACAAGCUUUCCCAAUUAACCGACGUCACUGACAUCUUCUAUGUCACAUGGACCAACCGACCCACUGAGGCUGAGAACUGCGAGGCCAAUGGUGCCAUGUUCCGCAACGUGCUUCGCGCUCUUAUCCCAAACUCUUUGAAUCUCCGCCACAUCUGUCUCCAGACCGGCACCAAACACUACGCCCUCGGCAACAUCAAAACCCACAGUCCACCUUUUACGGAGGAUUUGCCCCGAUUGGACGUGCUGAAUUUCUACUACACUCAAGAAGACAUUUUAUUUGUAGAAGCAAAGAAUAAAGAUGGCUUGACUUGGUCCAUCCAUCGGCCCAACCUGAUAUUCGGAUUUUCUCCCUAUAGCUUGAUGAACAUAGUAGGCACGCUUUGCGUAUACGCCGCGAUAUGCAAGCACGAGGGGCUUCCAUUGAAAUUUCCUGGAAGCAAAGCGAAUUGGGAGUAUUACUCGGUGGCUUCGGACUCUGAUCUUAUUGCGGAGCAGCAAAUAUGGGCGGCGGUGGACCCUAAUGGUAAGAAUGAAGUGUUUAAUUGCAACAACGGGGACGUGUUCAAAUGGGAGCAUCUUUGGAAGGCGUUGGCAGAGAGAUUUGGGAUUGAGAAGUACGGAUUCGAAGAGGGUGAGAAAAUUAGGUUGGCGGAGAUGAUGAAGGAUAAGGGUGAUGUAUGGGAAGAGAUAGUGAGGGAGAAUCAUCUUCAACCCACAAAGUUGGAGGAUGUCGGGGUGUGGUGGUUUGCGGAUAUGAUCCUGGUUAGGGGUGAUUUCUUGGAUAGUAUAAAUAAGAGCAAGGAGCAUGGGUUCUUGGGGUUCAGAAAUUCUGUGAAUUCGUUCAUUGCAUGGAUAGAUAAGAUGAAAGAUUACAAGAUUGUGCCUUGA